AUGAGAGUUUUAUUUUUAAGUAUUUUCCUUCUCGCCGUCACAAACGCCCAAGAAGAAGUAUCACAAGUCGGAUAAACUUUGCGACCCCGUAACAUUUGUUUUUAUUUUCAGUGUAAUUAUGUAGGACUUGUCAAGUGUUUCAUAAACAUUCUUGACGAAUGGGCGUGGACAUUAUAUGAACUCAAGGACAAUGUAGUUACUAUCACUCCGGACCAGUGUGAGCAUUUGAAAGAACUCGACAAGUGCAUUAAGGUAAGUGCUUUUUGCCCCAUUUGUUUCGAUUGCCAGAAUCACAAGUAACGCUGUGAUUUUUUUCUAUUUAUAUUCUGUGAGCUGUUGGGGAUUUGCGUGACCAGUUGAGGCAAGAAAGAAAAAUAAACAUUGAAAUUCAACACAUUUUUUUUUUUUUGGAAUAGGGUUUCAAAGCAAUCAUUGAACUCUUGUGACUGCGUUUCCGGUCGAUUCUAUUUGCAUUUUCCGAUUUUCCAAUAAACGUUGGUCAAACUAAAAGCAAUUUUGAUUAUGGAGAUGAAACAACAAAUUGUUUUUUAAAGGAUGAUCUGCCAAUUGCUCACAUGUGUUCACAUAAUGAGAUUAUCCAAGUUUCGAACACUGUCUCCGACUUGCUUACUCACAGGAAAGAUUCUGGGUCGUUUUUGAAGGUACCGAUCUCAUUUUGUGUAGCUUAUAGUGAUAAUCCUCAGAGUUAUUAUCUUCUCACAUACGCGUGCUCUUCGGAAGGUCAAGAAAUACUCACUAAACACCGCGACUGCUUGAAAUCGGUAAUAUUAUUAGUGCAAUUAUGCUGGUCGAACAGGCGCCUGUUUUUUCAACGCGCCGCUGCGUUCUUGCGUUGAGAAAACAGGCGCCUGAAAAAACAGGCACCUGAAAAACAGGAUCCUGAAAUCGCCUGUUCGACCAGCCUAAGCCCAAUAUUUAGUCACUAGAACUUGUUUUUAGGAGAAAAUCGGAGAGAUGACUCUGUCUGCUGGAACAUACUUGAGCGAAAAGUUUCUUGAGCACAGCGAAGAGGAUGUCUGUGACAAGGUGAACGAAAAACUGCAAGAGUACAUCACCGCGCUCGGAGGACUGUGCAGCAAGCAUGAGGCUGCUCAGCUUAUGUGUCAAUCCUUAAAGAACAUGUUCACCGGACUGCAUGCUGAUAAAUUGGAAACUUGCAAGCUUGAUUGCAAGAUUCCGGAGGAGACUAACACGGAUAACGUUCAGGAGGAAGUGGUUAGUUUUUGUUCUUUAUUGUUUGCUUUUUAGAUUGAACUUUUUAGCCAUUGGAGACGGAUUCUUCAAAUGAAGAAAACAUCGAGCAUCGUCAAUCAGAACAAGAUGCUCUUAGACCAGCCGCUUCAUCUUCCUCAACUAUUUUUAUUUUCCUGUCUUUUGCUGUUUUUCUCUUUCUAUAAUUUGCUCAGAAUCUGGCUGUGGGCUUGUCCCCCUCCCCUCACCUAUUUCAAUAGAACAUUAGUGGCUAUGUACUUCAAAAUAUAAUUUCCUCACUCCCUUUACACGUUUAAUAGGAGUUUCUAGGUUGUGAAGCUGUACAAACGUUUUUCCCGCUCUUUAGAAUUUUCAGCCCAGGUGACUCCCAAUAUAUGACAAGAAAAAUGACAAAAAUUCGAGCUUCAGAUCACUUAA